UACUCAGCUGUGAUUCUCAUGCAGCAAAUGACAGCCUGCGCAUCCUGCAUGGACCAAACCUAUGUAUGCUUUUCCAGCUAGCCAGUCACUUUAAUAGGAAAACAACCUCUCACUGUCACACACGCUGGCAGGGAUUAACUUUACUACCUUGUUGGAAUACUUUGCACUAUCUGAAUUUUUCUCAUUUUUGACUUCGACAUCUCCGAGUGAACUGACCUCUACUUUGUUUUCAAAUAUACGAAAAGAAGAGCCACCAUGCCGCUGAAUUCAAGUUUGGCGAGUAAAAACUACGACUAUGAUUACGAUUCUAUCCAGCCAUAUUUUUAUGUUGACAACGAAGACGAGGAUUUCUAUCAUCAGCAACAAGGACAGCUUCAGCCACCGGCUCCAAGCGAGGACAUAUGGAAGAAAUUUGAGUUGAUUCCCACUCCUCCUCUGUCCCCUAGCCGGCGACCAUCGCUAUCUUGUCUUUUCCCUUCAACUGCGGACCAACUCGAAAUGGUUACGGAGUUUCUCGGGGACGACGUUGUAAACCAGAGUUUCAUCUGCGAUCCCGACUACUCCCAAACCUUCCUCAAGUCUAUUAUAAUUCAGGACUGCAUGUGGAGCGGCUUCUCGGCUGUAGCCAAGUUGGAAAAAGUGGUGUCUGAGAGACUUGCCUCGCUCCAGGCUGCUCGGAAAGAAUCUGCCGUCGGCGAUAACGUGGAGUGUGUUAGCACUCGGUUGAACGCAAAUUACUUGCAGGAUCUUAACACAUCCGCGUCAGAAUGCAUUGAUCCCUCGGUGGUCUUUCCUUACCCAAUAACCGAGACCCAAAAACCAAGUAAUGUAGUACCACCCACAGAUUUGGCAUUGGAUACCCCACCCAACAGCGGUAGCAGCAGCAGCAGUGGUAGUGACUCAGAUGAUGAUGAUGAGGAGGAGGAGGAGGAAGGCGAAGAUGAUGAGGAAGAGAUAGACGUGGUGACUGUGGAGAAGAGGCAUGCUGUGAAGCGGAGUGACUCUGGCACGCCGGAGACCAGGCACCAUAGUCCCCUCGUGCUUAAGAGGUGCCAUGUCUCCACCCACCAGCACAACUACGCCGCCCACCCGUCCACGCGGCACGACCAGCCGGCUGUCAAGAGGCUGAGGCUGGAGAGCAGCGGCGGCAGCAGCCGGGUCCUCAAGCCGAUCAGCAGCAACCGCAAGUGCUCAAGUCCGCGGACUUCGGACACAGAGGACUACGACAAACGAAGGACUCAUAACGUAUUGGAGCGUCAGCGGAGAAACGAGCUCAAGCUGAGCUUUUUUGCUUUACGGGAUGAGAUACCAGAGGUGGCCAACAAUGAGAAGGCAGCCAAAGUGGUGAUUCUGAAGAAGGCUACAGAAUGCAUUUACAGCAUGCAGACAGACGAGCAAAGACUAGUCAGCCUCAAAGAACAGCUGAGAAGGAAAAGUGAACAUUUAAAACAUAAGCUGGCACAGCUGCAGAACUCAAACAUUUGAGCUCGAAGCAGCGUGGACUUUUUGGCCAUCACGGUUUUUUAAAGCCAGUCAAGACUUGGGUGUGUAUAGUUGAUAUUGCACGCAAAUGCAAAAAAGGUCAGCUUUUUUGGAAUCUGUCUGAUUUCAAUGUUAAACUGCCUCAGUUGAAGUUACAGGCAGCAGAAUAUUUAAACAGUUUAUUUUUAUUAAUAAAAUAUAAAAAAAAAUAGGGCUAUGUAUGUCGCAUGCCUGACCUAAAAUAUAAUUUUUUAUGUUUUGUAUAUAAUUUCUGAAUAUUUGCUAAGAAAUGUAUUUUUGGAUCUCAAUUGUUUGGAAGUUCAGAGACACUUUGUUUUAGUGUAUGGUUUUCCACAUUAGGUUCCUAGAUUCAUUUAAAACUAUAAAUUCAUUUCUUUUUCAA